AUGAACCCGGAAUUUACCCAAGAAUUCGACCUUGAGCGCGGCCGCUAUGAACUCAAUGAUGAGUACUCACUUUUCAUCAGUCAAUUGAGGCUCCAGGUCCGGGAUCCUGGCCAAUUCGCACGUGGUGUCCCAAUCCUUCCUCGACCUGCUGAACCCCCCACCCGUUUUUUUGAUGUGGUACUGAAGACAAGCGCCGACUCAUUGAAUUCAUUGAAGCUGAGGUUCAGACGAGACAACCUCUACCUGAUUGCCUACCAGGACGGGAACGAACAGUGGAAUGGAUUCGCAGACACGUAUCAACUGGUUCCAGAUUGUGCUGAUCUGCGAGUUGAGAGUGGCUACGAGUCUUUGGGCCGUUGGGCAAAGAAAGGAAGAGAAAAGAUUGAGCUCGGCUGGAACAAGCUCCUGAACGCCGUCCGAGAGCUUGCGGGAAAUACUGCGAGCGGUCAGGAAAAAGCGUCUGCAUUAAUCGUCAUCAUAGAGAUGAUCUCCGAAUCGUUGAGGUUUGUAGAGAUACGCCGCGGCAUAUACAACAACUAUACUCAAUCUAUUGAACCAAGCAAGAAGCCUGAUUUGCUUGAGCGGUUUAAAUUGCUUGAGAACAAAUGGGACGAUCUUUCUCUCGCGGUUCAGUAUCCCGGCGAAAAGCUACAUCUGAGUGAUGAAACGUCCAAGAAGUUGAAAAUGGAAACUAUAGAACAGGUAAAAAGGGCACUUGGUAUGGCGCUCUAUAUGACUGUACCUAAAAAAGGGAAGGCCGCCAUCGGGAAGGCUACCACCCAGAACGGCCGACAUUUGGUCGAAUUCUUCGACAUGCGGAUCUUGAACAUCAAUAGUGAAGGUCCAGGCAAAGUCUAUGGAGCUAUUAUCGCAGCCAACGGGCUACAGAAUGAUUAUGUCUAUAGCCGAGACAGAGAAGAUCACGAAUCCAUUGAGCCUGGCCAAUACGCCACCCUGACUGGCCCAUCUCGCACUAUAUCAGCUAUCGAUGAUUUCAACCUCGAUUUCAAUCUUAAGAGCAGGGACGCUCUAUCUGCCGAAGACGAGGUCGCCAACAGCCGGAUCGCCUGGAAUGCCACCGACCAGGCGAACAAAUACGACGAGGUUCGAACAGACAUCAUCAACGGCCCUUCUGGUUCAGUAGCGCUGGAUUACGUCGUCAUGAGCAAUGCUACAGAGGCCUUAGUGGAUAUCGUUUUGGUUGAUUGGGACGGAGAAGACCUAGCUGAUGUCUACGGCGAAAUCUACGCCCAGACUUUCUCGUUUCCAGAGAAGAGGAUCAAGCUGUUCAGAAGAGAAAGCCACGACCCCGUGGGUGUACACCCGCAUAGCUGUGUCCCUCUACUGAGGUCAGCCCUUGCCGUACCAAUGGAUGCGAGCCUCACUAUUAGGGCGUCUCUAUGGAACCAUGGCCGAACCUCUGAUAAGGAGAUCGCGAACGGGACUGCCGAAUUCGAACCUGCGACCUUACAAUCAGCAUCUGGGUUGAUUACAGGGCAGCACGGCAAGCUGGAAGUUAGAGUCAGCUGGAUUUGA